AUGGCCGUCAUCCAUCUUUCAAAGCGCUUUCAACCUUUCAAUUUCUUGUCUAGUUUUACAAUUUCUGAUUAGAUUUCGACUGGAAAAGCCAUUAGUCAUAAUUUACUUGUUACAGCAUAAUUCCAUAUUUUUUUAACUGCUACUUUAGUGAAGACCACCUACAUUAAUAGACGUUCUGCCAUAAGAUGUCUUCAGGAAGACCUAUUAAAUGUGUUGUCGUCGGCGAUGGUACCGUGGGGAAAACAUGCAUGUUAAUUUCAUACACUACAGAUAGCUUUCCAGGAGAAUAUGUACCGACAGUAUUUGACAAUUACUCUGCACCAAUGGUUGUGGAUGGAGUUGCAGUUUCCUUGGGUCUUUGGGACACAGCUGGGCAGGAAGAUUAUGAUAGACUUAGGCCUUUGAGUUAUCCACAAACCGAUGUCUUCCUUAUAUGCUUCAGUGUAACUAGUCCUUCGUCAUAUGAGAAUGUUACUUCCAAGUGGUACCCUGAAAUAAAACAUCACUGCCCAGAUGCACCAAUAAUAUUAGUUGGCACCAAAAUUGACUUGCGAGACGACAGAGAAACUUUAAGUCUACUGUCAGAACAAGGCAUGUCUCCUUUGAAGAGAGAGCAAGGACAAAAACUGGCCAACAAAAUAAGAGCUGUGAAAUAUAUGGAAUGCUCUGCCUUAACCCAGCGUGGUCUAAAGCAAGUGUUUGAUGAAGCUGUGCGUGCAGUUUUAAGACCAGAACCACAAAAAAGGCAUCAGAGGAAAUGUUUAAUUAUGUAAAUAUAACAUAUGAUUGACAAAAUAACAAUAAUAAUCACUAAAUAGUGGGAAUCUCAGACAAACAGUAAUAAUGUGUUUCUAUACCACAUACAAUAAUACUAAUUCAUGACAAUAUGUGCCAUAAAUUUAAUUAAUACUUCCAUUAGUAUAUUGGCAAAUACCUGAAAUUUGUUAAUCACUCAUAAAAUAACAUAAAAAUGUAUUUCAAUAUGUUUAUAAAAAUAACUGGAGUAGUAAAAUAAAAAUUAUGUUAAGGUAUGUAUGUGGUCGCUAGCAAAAAUGUUUGUGUCUAUAAAAUUAUGAACAUGCUCUUAAAUCCUAAUUAAAUUUUAUUAAACUUGAACAAAUCUCAGAUAUUUACUUCCACAUCACAAUUUUAUAUUAUAGUGAUAUUACUUGUGCUUGUUCACUAAGCAAAGGAAUGCCAAAGAUAAAUUACUUAGAUUUUAAGUUUCAGUGUAUUACAGUUUGUUUUGGAAACCUUUUUUAUGGGUAGAAACAAAUUGUUACUGUAAGUAUUGUGAAAUUAUUAAGAAUCUUAUUUUUAUACAAGCAGGAACCUCGAUAAUAUACUCUUAUGCAACAUGUGAAUAAUGACUGAUAGUAGACACUAGUGUGUACUAUUUACAUACUCAAUUUAUUCUUGAAUUAGUUGCCUUCGAGUGGUAAGCAUUUAAUAUAAAUAUUCAAUGAACAAAAUAUUCGUUAUUGCAUUUUUAGGUAUAUAGAAUGUGCUUGUAACUUAUAUGGGAUACUUGCUAAAAGUAUUUUUGUAAUUAAGUGUAUCUAACAAAUAAUUUGUAUAGGGCAAUAAAUUGACAAACCUUUGUUGUUAUGCAAGGUUUGAAAGCUGUAGAGCAGUUAAGUGCAUGUGUCAGAAUAGUUAAGCUCCUUUUAUGACCAUGACAUGACUGAUAGACAUGUACAUAUUGUUCUACAUGUAAAUUAUGUACAUUUUGAAGUAAUUUAUUGGCAGCUGAAUGUAUGCUACAAUAAUGGUGGUGAUGUUUCUUUCUCUAAUAUUAGGAAUUUUUAAUUCAUUUAUUUACUAAUUCUUAAUAUACAUACUGAUAUUAUUUUCCAACUUUUUUUCAAUUUUCUAGAAUGAAAAUGAAUGUGUGUUAAAGUAGUUCAUUAUAAUGAAGUAUUUUUCUAUGUGAACCUGUAGAAUUAAGAAUAAAACUUAUGCAUUUACAAACAAAAGUAGGUACUGUACUUGUACACCAUGUGACAUUUUAUAGCUUGAGCCUUUUUGGAUUACUCAUUGAAAAUAUUAAAUUCGCCAGAGUAUUUACGAGUAUAUUGUAAUUAUCUAUCGGUUAGUUAUGCCAUAAUCAAUGUAUUCCACUUAUGAAUUCAUUCAAUGAAAAGUUUCUUUAGCCGAUUUAAAAAAUAUGAUGUAUGAAAUUUCUUCUUAAAAUAAUUUGUAUUUUUUAUAUUAAAAAUGAGAUCUUUUUAUAUUUAUGUGCUAUUUUUCUUAUAAUAAUAGGUAUUUAUUUAAGAAAGUUUGUGUGUUUAUUGCGUUGAAAAAUCACAUUUUCGUAGGAAUAAGUUUUGGACAUUUUAUUAUAUCAAAUAAUACUUUUUGUAUAGGCCUAAACAGAAUUUCAGAAAAUUGUAGAAAAGACGUAAAACUGACCAAAAUAAUUUUAAUUAUUUGACCAUUAUGUUGGGAGUGGAUUUCAGAAUUAACUAACUACCACAAAAUGUGAAUUAUUUUCUCGUUCAAAUUAAACUAUUAUUUGUAUAUUCUUUGACGUUUAUAAUAAUAUAAACUUUUCAACAUA